AUGCUAACUCCUCCCUCUGUAGCGAAAAAAAAAAUUGGAACAAUCCCUAUUUUUUGCCCAAAAAUCCACCUCAUGAGGGAACAUAAAUUUUUAAAAUAUAAUUUUUUUUAUAAUUAGUAUAAUGAAAUAUACCUCCAAAACAGGUAUGGCUCGACCUGAAACUCCCCCUCCCCUCCCCCGCCACCCCCUGACGGUUUCAAUUUGAACGACAUUGUUAAUUCAAAAUGACAAAUCCAUCACUAAGGAUUUGACUAGUCAAAUUUAAUUUGCAGAUUUCAAUAAAGUUGAAAUUAUCAGGGGGUGGGGGGAGGGGAGGGGGGUUCUAAGGUCGAUCUAUAACUGUGCUCACGGUAUAUCUAGCUAAUUCUGUUAAAAUUUAACAGUUUGCAUUUAAUUUUUACUUCUCAAUUUUUUUGGGGAUUGGGAUUUUUAUACUUUUCGAAAAAAAUAAAUUUUUCUAUAAAAUUUAUAUAUAAAAACUUAAAAAAAAAAACCCUUGAGGGGGAGUAAAGGUUCUUGUGGGUGCAAAAAGAGUCAUUGAUGCAUAUGCCAAGGUACGCUUACUUCCUGACAACUCAGGUGUAGAUCUCAGCACAGUGAAGAUGGCUAUGAAUCCUUUUUGUGAAAUUGCUGUUGAAGAAGCAGUCAGGCUAAAAGAAGCUGGAAAAGCGUCAGAAGUCACAGUUUUAACUAUUGGCCCUAAGCAAGCAUCUGAUGUGCUGAGAGCUGCUCUUGCGAUGGGAGCAGACAAAGCAAUUCAUGUCCAUGUGGAAGAAAGAAUUGAUAGAGAUAUUCUCCCAUUAAGCAUUGCUCAGCUUUUCAGAGCACUUAUUACUAGAGAUAACUACAAUUUGGUGCUGCUUGGAAACAGCCAUAUACUUAAAAAUAGCACGGCAAGCCUUAACUCCUGUAACUGAUCCUCUUCAAGGGAGUAUAGGUAUUUGGAAUGCCUAUCUGGCCAGGCUUUACUUGGUUUGGUGAAGCGCAAUGUCGGGUUAUCACCGCAUCCUUUACUCCUGAUCAAGGCUUUACCUCAGAGGGAAAUAGAGCCCACAAAUUGAAAGAGAUCUCCCAGAAGUGACACAGCUAGUUGCCUAUUGUAAUUGCCCGAGGAUAGCGCUAUCUUGCGCCAUCCUCGGGCAAUUACUAUAGCCAACCAGGAGUUACACUUGUGCAUCGGAUUUACAUUCUGGUAGAGAGCCAACUAAAAUACUCGACUCUUUUAACUUUCUAUGAUGGACAAUCUUUAUUUACGCUCGGCACAUAGCAUAACUUAUCUACUAUAGGCAGAGAGAGUAGGCCCUCGUCCAGCUAGUGAGAUUUUCGAUAAGUCUAUUUAAUGUUAAUGGUAAUGUGCUGCUUGGAAAACAGUCAAUUGACUCUGAUAGCAACCAGGUCGGGCAGCUGUUAGCAGGGCUUCUUAAUUGGCCACAGGCAACUUUUCUAAAUAAACUCGAAAUUGGGCAAAUAAUUAGAGCAACACGUGAAAUCGAUGGUGGCUUGCAAACAAUUGAGUUUCCUCCUCCAGCUGUUUUGACAUGCGACUUAAGGCUGAAUACUCCAAGAUUUACAGCUAUCCCUGCUAUUAUGAAAGCCAAGAAAAAGCCAUUAGAAACUUUAACCCCCGACAAGCUCGGAGUCGAUCUAACCCCUGGCUACCAAACUUUAUCAGUCGAGCCUCCAGACAAACGAAAAGCAGGUAUCAAGGUUGAAUCUGUCGACCAGCUUCUUGAUAAACUCCGCAACGAAGCCAAAGUAAUCUAA